GCGCAUUAACAUUGUCAUAACAGAAAGUUUAUAGCAUUAACAGGCGCAAACAAAAUAGCAACAAAAUGUCGCAUUUCGUAAAUAUGGAGGUAUUUUCAAAUUAUCAAAAAUAUAUAGACAAUGAACAGGAGCUACGUGAGAACAUUCGCAUCGUGGUGCGUGAAAUUGAGCAACUGUCAAAGGAAGCCACCAUUAAACUGCAGGUGAUACAUUCUGAUUUAAGCAAAAUUGGCAAUGCUUGCGGCUUGGCACGCAAGCAAAUUGCGGCCUGCGCUGAAAAAUAUCAAAAGCUGUCUGCUUUGGUACCGGCUGGCCAAUAUUACCGCUAUUCAGAUCACUGGACCUACAUUACUCAGCGCUUGGUGUUUCUAAUUGCGUUGGUAAUUUACCUGGAGGCGGGCUUUUUGGUGGCGCGUGAGACAGCAGCCGAAAUGCUUGGUCUGAAAAUCAAACAAGCGGAUGGCUUCCACUUGGACAUUGAGGAUUAUUUGCUUGGCAUUCUAAUGUUGGCCUCGGAACUGUCACGCUUUGCCACAAAUUCCGUUACAAUGGGCGACUACGAGCGCCCGCUCAAUAUUUCGCAUUUCAUUGGUGAUCUCAACACAGGCUUUCGUCUGUUGAAUUUGAAAAACGAUGGACUGCGAAAGCGUUUUGAUGCGUUGAAAUAUGAUGUGAAAAAAAUUGAGGAAGUCGUAUACGAUGUCAGCAUACGCGGACUCUCGAGUGCUGGAGGAGAGCAAAAGGAACAAAAGGCAGAGCCUGUUGAAUCAUAAACAAAGAGCUUCCACACACAUACAUACACACAAAACAUGCGUCGCAGCCAUGUGCUUAGUUUAAGUUUUGCAACAAAAGACAAGAUAUUUCUUAAAUUUUCUCAGCUGUUUUCUAUAAAAACCUACCAGUAAUCAAAACUGUAAUUAAAAAGUACAUUAACUGUA